AUGUCGAGAAUCCGAGGGCAUUUUUGUCCUGUGAGAAGGGCAUUUCUGUCCUCAUGAAAAGAAGCGAGGGCAUUUUUGUCCUUUUCUCAAAAAAAUUAAAAUCAGACGAUUGCCCCUAAAGCUUCCAACUGGUGAUCUCACCAAGAGCUGUGAGGAGUAUUGCACUGGAGAAUGCCCAUGCUCUUAGCCCAGACUAUCUCAGACUAGCCCAGACUCGAGUGUCACGACGCGGCCCCGAGCGCGGAUUCGCACCCCGCGCACCUCACCUUUACGUCCUUGCCCUCCUCCCGGCACGAAGCAGAACCCACCUCACGUUUUACGCCUGUUGGGUCAUCGAGCGCCACCCGUUGCACCAACGACAUGCUGUCGCGCUCGCAACGUGCGAACCUGAAUCAGGAGAACCCUCAGCACACGCAUCGACCCGCCGCGACAGGCAUCAUCACCAAAACCCCAGCGCGCCCAUCGAAUGCAGCGCCGGGCCAGGGCAUGCUUGGUGCAGGCCCUGUGUUGACUGCUAGGCAUACCAACAAGGUCCUGGGGGCCAAAGAUCGAAACGGCGGUGUAGGCGGUGGACUUGGUGCCAGUUUCGGACCGGCAGGUGAGCACACGACGGUUGAACGACGCGGGGCGAUCGCAGCCUGCAGCCACCCGCCGCAUCGCGUCUCAUGGAACAGUUCCAAUUAGACUGACCCUUCCUCCGGUCACCUCCCCAGCAACCAACAAGCUUCUCGUGUUUGACGCGUCGUGCAAGCCUGGCCCCUCCGUCACCGUACAACGCGUCAGAGGGUCCGCGCUCUCUCCUAAGGCCGUGCAGCCCGUGCUGCCCGAUCACCUUCGCACCCCUUCGCCUGGCGUUCACCGAUACGCGUCGCUCUCCUUCUCUCCCGAAAUCGUCUUCGAUUCCGAACCUGAUGCGAGCGACGAAACGCCAGAGGAGGUGGAUCUGGACCAGGACGUUGAGCUAGCAGGCGCUAGCGCGAGGAACUACGGUCAGUGGCGGGGUGCAUGACCUUGGCAAAGGCGGUGAGCCAGAAUCGCUACUCACUUCAAAAGGUCAUGGCCGGUUUGAUCACAUGUAGAGGAGGAGUUCGACCCAGGCUUCUUCAUUUCCAACUACGCCGAUAGCAAUCUCGGUGACGUGAUGCGAGGCAUCGAGCUCGGCGCAAUCAACGCCGACUACGAAGUGCUCGCAGCCCAAGAUGAGGUCGAUCGCACGGCUUUCAAAGCAAACUUGGAGAUGGGAUGUGAUGACAUGGAUCAGAGUGAGCUAUCUCGAUACCGUGCUGCUUCGGUGAAACUGUCAAAGAGUCAUGAAGAGCUAAACUUCCCUGCGAGCUCCUGACCUGUCUACAGACGCCGACUCCCCGAAUUAUGCAAUAUUUCCCAUGCCGAUACAACGCAAGGCCUUCUCGGUCAAGUCCACGAAUACGCUUUCCUCGGCAUCGAUGAAGCAACCCAUCCGGAUCGUGCAAGUGGCCGCGACGAAGCCGAGUGGUCGACCGGCUUCUGCAACGGCGCAGAAUCUGCGCCGGCCCCCGACCACUGGCGUCGCCGGCGACCCGUCUUCACCGUGGCCGAAUCGGGACACCAGAACACCCAACGACACUGCGAUGUCGCACCAUGCCUCGACUUUCCAAGCGAUCGGAGCCAAAUCAGCCGAGACUUCACGCACUCGACCAGCCUCCGUCGCGUCGAAGAGCUCUACUGGCCGGCCAGCUUCGCGGCUCGUCCCGAACAAAACGGACGCGAGAGAUCCUUCUCUCCCCGCCUCCUCGACUUCUUCUUCCCCCGCCUUUUCUCUUCUUCCGAGUGGUCUUCGUCGCGCGUCCAACAGGUCCGUAUCGAGUUCUCGCACGCUUCCUUCGAACGGCCCUGCCUCUCCGGCCGCCGCUCCAGCUGCGGCUCAUGACGAUGCCGAGGCAGCGCUCGAAGCGUUUGGAAUAGUGGAAACGCCACUCGAUGUUUUCGAAGACGAACAGGACCUUGGUGUUGAUGAUGCCUUGUCGUUCCGGCUUGAUCUGGACGGUUGA